AUGGUAUCACUGUGGAACAGUUCUUUACUGAAGAAAACAAGUGAUCUUCAUGGCGACACUUGGAACAUUGAAAUUGAUGAGACGAUUGUGGAAAACAGUCCAGCUCUUAAUUGGUACCAGUACAUUUCUGGCUCCUUCGCAGAGUUCAGGUGUUCUCUUUGUACAAGAACCUGGGGGUCUAGUAGAGUGCAGGUGCUGUUUCAUUUCCACCUGAACACUGCAAGCAGACAGGGAACCAUUAAACUGCGAUUCUACAAACAGGAGUGUAAGACGUGCAGUGAACCGCAGUGGGAGGAUGCAGAUUUCUCAGUGAACAACACUGAUGUGCUGGUUGAGAGACUAGUCAAAAAGAUCCGCAUGAGAUGCUAUGGAGAAGACCUGGGUGAAGCAAACAGAUCCUCAGUGUUUGAUGGCAGAUUUAAUGGGCCGCAUGAAAGUGCUCACUGUGAAGCCUGUCGGCUUGGUAUUUGCAGCCAGGCCAACUGA